AUGCUAAAAGCCGUCGCGGGACACUGGGACCUCCUUCUGGUCGCAGCGGUCGUGCUCGUCUGCCAAGUUGGCCUCUUCUACCUGCACGCGUGGCGCUGCCAGCUGCUGCAGCACCACCAGUCGAGCGAUUCGCUUCUGGUGCUCGUCGUCACGGAUGUCCAUAUGCUCGGCAAGAGACGGCGCUCGUGGAUCGAGCGCUGGUGGGUGGAUUGGCAGGUGUGGGCGUCUGUUCGGGCAGCGGUCGAUGUGCAUCGUCCCGACGUGGCGCUCGUGCUGGGCGACCAAUUCGACGAAGGCGGUCCCUGGACGUCGAAUUCGGAUUGGAACGAGUAUGCGGUUCGCUUUUUCCGAGCGGUUGCCCGUUUGCUGCCGCUCAAGACGCUGUACCUGGUGGGGAAUCACGACGCGGCGUUCGGACGGGACCUGCAGCCAAAGGAUCUUGUGCGCUUCGAAGAUACGUUUGGAGCUGCGAAUCGCAUCGAAGAGAGUGGAGGGCACGUGUUUGUGAGUCUCAAUACAAUGGCACUGGACUCAGACGUGACGAGGGAAGCGGUGCAGGUCGAAGCGAGAAACUUCUUCGAAAGUAUCAAUGCGAGCGAACUUCGAGCGCACGCGGACGGUCGUGUGGUGCUGCUGACCCAUCUACCGCUCUUCCGUGCCGACGAUCUCCAGUGUGGCGAAGCGCGACGGGCCGAGUCGGGGCACGUCACGUACGAACACCCAGGCUUUGCCUAUGCGGAACACCAUCACGUCCUCUCGCGCGAGCUUUCUGCAGAGCUGCUGAGCAAGUUGCAGCCGGAUCUCGUGCUGUCGGGACACACCCAUGCGUGGUGCGCGUACCAACAUCCCAAUGCAAAGGCUAUGGAGUACACCGUCCCAGCGUUUUCGUGGGGCCAGCGGCCGGACCCGAGUUACGCGCUGCUGCAGCUGCCUCGCAGUGGUCACGAUCACCGGCCAAAGGUGUCUGCGUGCCACUUGCCGCACGAAUCGUUUGUCUUUGCGACGUAUGCGGUGACGCUUCUUCUCGUCCUACUGGUCCGUGCGGUCAGGUGUGUUCGCACACUGCAGACGUCAACCGCUAAGGCCAAAGGCGCGUAA